CAGUGGAAAAAAGUACUUAACACACGCAGUGCGUCGUUUAGCGAGGUUAACGUAGGAGCAGAGCACCCGUAUUACGGACCAGAUCCCCCAAUCCCCCGCAGAAACUGAGAAUAGAAAAACGAAAACUGCGUCUGUUGUGCGAAGUGACACGUGUGUGAAUCUCAUAAGCGGAGCGAUUUGGCCAGGGUAACAGCCCAUCAUAGUAAUGCAAUAUUCCAGCAUAUUCUCCGACCCGAUCCGCACAAUCCGAUCCUAAGUUGGCGCGAUAACUGCGCGACUUUAGUGGCCAGUCCGGGCCCGAUCAGAAGUGCCUGAAAUCGGGGAAUUAGCAUGUAGCACCUGUGUAUGUGCGUAUGUUGGAAAGUACCCGUGAGCCGAGUGCCGUGCACAUGCACAUGUACGACCACUUAUUCAGAACCUAAUGAGGUAGUUUUAACUGCAAACGUACAUGCCAGUACAGAUGUAUGUGCAUACAUACGUGCAUACACACUUGCUAUUCCAGUCAGUCGUUGAAUAGAGCCCAGAAAACGGCAAAAUAGCUAAAUAGCCCUGCCAGAGAAUUAAAAUGAGCCCCUUGCCUUGUGUCUACUUUCAAAUCCCCACCUGAAUCGCCCCGGAAUCUGGACACAGGCCACUGAACGAAGAGGAUAACGAAUCAAGAUGGAAGACGGUCACUCGAAAACCGUCGAACAGUCCCUCAACUUCUUCGGAACGGACCCCGAGCGCGGCUUAACCCUCGACCAGAUCAAGGCUAACCAGAAGAAAUACGGACCCAAUGAGUUGCCGACUGAGGAAGGAAAGAGCAUCUGGCAGCUGGUCUUGGAGCAGUUCGACGAUCUGCUGGUGAAGAUUCUGCUGUUGGCAGCCAUCAUCUCAUUUGUUCUCGCCCUGUUUGAGGAACACGAGGAAACGUUCACUGCAUUUGUAGAGCCCCUAGUUAUUUUACUUAUCCUGAUAGCCAACGCCGUGGUGGGAGUAUGGCAGGAGCGUAACGCCGAGUCGGCCAUUGAGGCCCUCAAGGAGUACGAGCCUGAGAUGGGCAAGGUGGUGCGCCAGGACAAGUCCGGCAUCCAGAAGGUGCGCGCGAAAGAGAUCGUGCCCGGUGACCUGGUUGAGGUGUCUGUCGGUGACAAGAUCCCUGCCGAUAUCCGUAUCACCCACAUCUACUCGACCACCCUUAGGAUCGAUCAGUCCAUCCUCACCGGUGAGUCGGUCUCCGUCAUCAAGCACACCGAUGCCAUCCCCGAUCCCCGCGCCGUCAACCAGGACAAGAAGAACAUCCUGUUCUCCGGCACCAACGUCGCAGCCGGCAAGGCCCGUGGCGUCGUCAUCGGCACUGGCCUGAGCACCGCCAUCGGCAAGAUCCGUACUGAGAUGUCCGAGACCGAGGAGAUCAAGACCCCCCUGCAGCAGAAACUGGACGAGUUCGGUGAGCAGCUGUCCAAGGUCAUUUCCGUCAUUUGCGUUGCCGUGUGGGCCAUCAACAUCGGCCACUUCAACGACCCCGCUCACGGAGGCUCCUGGAUCAAGGGUGCCAUCUACUACUUCAAGAUCGCCGUCGCUCUGGCUGUGGCUGCCAUCCCCGAGGGUCUGCCCGCCGUCAUCACCACCUGUCUGGCUCUGGGCACCCGCCGCAUGGCCAAGAAGAAUGCCAUCGUCCGCUCCCUGCCCUCCGUGGAGACCCUGGGCUGCACAUCUGUCAUCUGCUCUGAUAAGACCGGCACACUCACCACCAACCAAAUGUCCGUUUCCCGCAUGUUCAUCUUCGACAAGGUUGAAGGCAACGACAGCAGCUUCCUCGAAUUCGAGAUGACCGGCUCCACCUACGAGCCCAUCGGCGAGGUCUUCCUCAACGGUCAGCGCAUCAAGGCUGCUGACUACGAUACCCUGCAGGAACUGUCCACCAUCUGCAUCAUGUGCAACGACUCCGCCAUUGAUUACAAUGAGUUCAAGCAGGCCUUCGAGAAGGUCGGCGAAGCCACUGAGACCGCCCUGAUUGUGCUGGCUGAGAAACUGAACAGCUUCAGCGUGAACAAGUCUGGCCUGGACCGCCGCUCGGCUGCCAUCGCCUGCCGCGGUGAGAUCGAAACCAAGUGGAAGAAGGAAUUCACCCUGGAGUUCUCUCGCGAUCGUAAAUCCAUGUCCUCGUACUGCACCCCCCUGAAGGCUUCCCGCCUGGGCACUGGCCCCAAGUUGUUCGUGAAGGGCGCCCCCGAGGGUGUUCUAGAGCGUUGCACACACGCCCGCGUUGGCACCACCAAGGUUCCUCUGACCUCGGCCCUGAAGGCCAAGAUCCUCGCCCUGACCGGCCAGUACGGUACUGGACGCGACACCCUUCGCUGCCUGGCUCUGGCCGUUGCCGAUAGCCCCAUGAAGCCCGACGAGAUGGAUCUGGGCGACUCCACCAAGUUCUACCAGUAUGAGGUUAACCUGACCUUCGUCGGUGUUGUGGGCAUGUUGGAUCCCCCCCGUAAGGAAGUUUUCGAUUCCAUUGUCCGCUGCCGUGCCGCCGGUAUUCGUGUUAUUGUGAUCACCGGCGACAACAAGGCCACUGCCGAGGCUAUCUGCCGCAGAAUCGGUGUAUUCGCCGAGGAUGAGGACACCACUGGCAAGUCCUACUCGGGUCGUGAAUUCGACGACCUUUCCCCCACCGAACAAAAGGCUGCCGUCGCCCGCUCCCGCCUCUUCUCCCGCGUGGAGCCCCAGCACAAGUCCAAGAUUGUUGAGUUCCUGCAGAGCAUGAACGAAAUCUCCGCUAUGACUGGUGAUGGUGUGAACGACGCCCCCGCCCUGAAGAAGGCUGAGAUCGGUAUUGCCAUGGGCUCUGGUACCGCCGUCGCCAAGUCUGCCGCCGAAAUGGUGCUGGCUGACGACAACUUCUCCUCCAUCGUGUCUGCCGUUGAAGAAGGUCGCGCUAUCUACAACAACAUGAAACAGUUCAUCCGCUACCUCAUCUCUUCGAACAUUGGUGAGGUCGUCUCCAUCUUCCUUACUGCUGCCCUUGGCCUGCCCGAGGCUCUGAUUCCCGUCCAGCUGCUCUGGGUUAACUUGGUUACUGAUGGUCUCCCAGCCACCGCUCUGGGCUUCAACCCCCCUGAUCUGGAUAUCAUGGAGAAGCCCCCCAGGAAGGCCGAUGAGGGUCUCAUUUCCGGAUGGUUGUUCUUCCGUUACAUGGCUAUUGGAUUCUAUGUCGGCGCUGCCACCGUCGGUGCCGCCGCCUGGUGGUUCGUGUUCUCUGAUGAGGGACCCAAACUGUCCUACUGGCAGCUGACCCACCAUCUGUCCUGCUUGGGCGGUGGCGACGAGUUCAAGGGCGUUGACUGCAAGAUCUUCAGCGACCCCCAUGCGAUGACCAUGGCUCUGUCCGUGCUGGUGACAAUCGAAAUGUUGAACGCAAUGAACAGCUUGUCCGAGAACCAGUCGCUGAUUACCAUGCCCCCAUGGUGCAACCUGUGGCUGAUUGGAUCAAUGGCACUCUCCUUCACUCUUCACUUUGUUAUUCUUUACGUCGAUGUCCUCUCCACCGUCUUCCAAGUGACACCGUUGUCUGCAGAAGAAUGGAUAACUGUGAUGAAAUUCUCAAUUCCUGUAGUUUUAUUAGAUGAGACAUUGAAGUUUGUUGCUAGAAAAAUCGCAGAUGUCAACCCCAGAUUUCAUUAACUGGACCCCGAUUAGUUACCAUAACACAAAUUGAAUCCAUCCCUGCUUUAGAAAAGUACGUGCAGUUAUUAUAUUAUGUCCGGGUGCGACAUGUCGAUGUGAAUGUAGAAAAGAACAAUUGCUGUACAUUAUGGUCUAGUACAUUGCCAUCGCACUCGCCGGCAUAACCGAGAAAACACAGAUUUGAAAUUCAGCAUGUAAGAUAUCUAAACGUAAACGAAACAAUAAAACAAGAAAUCCGAACCCGGCCUGUGUACUCUACUCUACUCAAUUCAAUUUCUCCCGCCCCGCCUCCAAUCCAAGUAGAGAAUCAAGCACACUCAAACAUCUCCCCCAAGAAACUCCAAACCACUAGGCUGUAAGUACGAUCCCCCACCGAUGCUGCCAAAUUCCAGAAUUUCGGAAGAUGCCGCUUAACUGGUACCCAGUGCCACUCCAUCGCCAUUUCCCCCACGAGUUUUGGUUUGCUCUUGCGUUGGUUAAUCCCUCCCUCCGAUCGAGAAUCGCCACGUAAUAAUCCGUAUUCGCCCCGAAAUUGUAGUUCCUGAUGUCGUCGUCGACAGGAUGUAGAGGUUUGGACCACCAAAGCCGAUACGAAUGUGAAAGUGAAUGUGAAGGAGGACGAGUUUUCCUGCCUUUAUCAUUCGUGUAUUAAUCGCUAAGCCAGCCCUGUUACUUGCAACUGCAACAUUAAAUCCAACAUAAAUCAAUUUAUUUGCCUUAGAAAGUAAAAUAUUAAUGGAACUGUGGGUUAGUAAGAACGGAUUUAAAUAAAUAUAUACCAAAUAUAUAAAUUAGAACGGCCCUGUUUCAUUUUCCUUUAUCUGUUGGAAUGGGUUUAUUCAAUAAAUUAGAUCAGUCUGAACUAUUCUGCGGAAGUACAAUAUCGACAACGAAUUUAAAGCCGCCACUGGACCGGAACAUUGGACCACGGAGCUACGAGGGCGGCAGCGCCCAGAGGGUGGCCGUCUUGUCCGCCGACGUGGAGAUGAAGGAGAACUCGGUCGGAUGCCAUCGGAUGGUGAUGGCCUUGUCCUUGUGCUCCGCCACCACCACGGAGGACAGCUCGUGGGCCAGGUCGCCUUGCAGGUCCGUCAGCCGGAUCGAGUUGUCGUAGCUGCACGUCAGCAUGUAGUAGGCGGAUGGGGAGAAUCGGACGCACCUUUGGGGAAGUGAAAGCCAAUUUUACCAAAUGCCAAGCGGGAGAGGAUAGCUCUACUACCUUAUUUCAGCGGUGUGCGGAUAGAAGCGCUGAAUGGGCCGGUUGCCACGGAUGUCGUACAGAGUACAGGAGCUGUCAGCGUGCCCAGAGACUAGCAGCCUGCCGGUGGGAUCUACACAGACCGCGGUUACAGCGGAGCUCUCCAGACCACCAUCCUUUCGAUCGUUAUCCAGCGUAUUCACAGAGACAUUCACUCGCAGAUCCCAGAAACGUAUCGUUUGAUCCUGAAAGAGAUCAUCGCAUAUGGUUAUAGCUGGGACAGGCUGGGAAGGAUCUUCCCCCGACUCACCUGCGAUCCCGACACGAACAUCGCGUUGUUCCAGCUGUAGAGGGACAGGAUGUGGCCAGUAUGACCACUGUAGGCCUGGAAGGGAGUGCCGGUUCCGCAGUCUGUGAUGUAGAUCUUGCAGUCCCCGGCGCCGCCGCUCGCCAGCAGCCGGGACUUGGUGGACGAGUCGUCCAGGAAGCACAUGUCCCGCACCGUGCCGUCGUGCAUGUUCAGCUCCAUCUCGUGUCCCACCAGCUGGUUGGUGUCGUUGUUGAAGCGCAUGUACUUGAUGGUCUUGUCGUUCGAUCCGGUGGCAAUUAGCUCCCCAUCCCGUGACCAGCAGGUGCAGUAUAUGGAGCCCCGAUGGUGUUUCGUGCGCUUGCAGAGAACGGACGGGGGAUACACCGCUGCCUGGUGUCCAUGUCUGCAUGGGAUUGGGAUGGGAAACGAGUUGAAGGCAAAGACGAGUUGCGACACACUGCGAUUUAAUUACCUCAGCUUGGACAGCGCGGGGUACUGGCAGAUGCGGAAGGUCUUGGAGUUGGAGCCCACCGCGUACAACUUUCCAUUCGGAUGAAAGUCGACGCUCCGGAUCGCCUGCGAGUCGGACAGUGUGGUAACCGCCUCGAAGUGCGGCCUCUCGACAUCGCCCUGUGGCAGAGAAAAUGGUCAAUCAAUGAAUGGGGUACAUGUCACUCGGAUCAACCCAGAUGCAUAUGUUUAGAUUCUUUUGUUAGCUGGAUACCGAAAGUUGCUUGCGUGUUCAAAAUAAACAGAGCCACCUUCGAUGGCAGGCCAGCACUCGCACCUUUCUCAAAUCCAGGUCCCUCGAUUCCGGAUUCAUGAAUGGUGUAUUUUCCGAGGAUCUAUACAGUUUUUCACACUUAUUUCGAGUAUUUUCUGGAGCUUGGAUCGUUUCUGUUUCGACCACACAGUUUCUAAGCCAUCCGAGGUAAUAGAACGUACAACUCGCCACGGUUGAAAUAACAAAAGUGGGGAGAAACCAUCGAGUAGCAGUGUUGGUCAAUCUGCCAGAUGCAUCUGAUUUUACGUCGCGAUUGUAGAAAGACAGGUAAAGUAUCUUGCAAACGCUGUUUACUCCGUUUCCAAGCGACGCGGCCAGGGUAUGUGUGUAGAUGUAGACCAAAUGAUAAAC